AAACAAUCAUGGAGUUGAUUAUAAACGAAAAUUGUAUAUAAAAAUGUUCAAGAACGUAACCAUCUGUUACCAACUCUUGAACAAUAAAUUAACAACUUGAGUUGAAAGCAAGAAACUGCUCGUCCAUCAUCUUCCCUUGUCGAGCUUCUUCAUAUCCUCAAGUUUACUCCAAAAAUCUGCAAGAUAGACAAAAACAAAAUAAAACUGGAAAACCAAGAAAUUGGAUGGUUCAAUUUGUACAACAAUGCCAUCUAUUUUACGACCACCGAGGAACACGAUAUGCGGAUCAUGCUACGAAGGUGCUCGAACCACUAUCGCACUGCUCAAGAAGCUUGAUGGCUCGAAAGAAGAUAAUGGCAAAUUGACCGAUAAGUCCACCUUCAACAAUGGCUCCGCUCUUUCUUCUCCUUUGUUUUCUUGUGAGUCGCAACCACUUGAGAAGGUGAUCAAGUAGAUGGAAAAUAUAAAAGAAAUUGAAGACGAGCAGAAGAAGAGAAUAGUUUUCUUCAGCAGCUUUGUUUCGGGAUUCAAAGAAAGGCUUCAUGCUGAUAUACUUUUUAUACCCCGGCGAUGACGGACGAUACAUGCACAUACAGCUUUUGUUGUGAUCUUCAAGAAAAUUCUAGAUUCAGACGAAUACAAAACCGCCACAGAAUACGCGAUAACGCUCCAAGAACUAAAGUCAGAGGAACUUCAAGCUCUCUUGGGUGGAGUUUCUAUACACCGGCACAUUGCUUCAGACAAGUUGGAGAAACAUGUAUAUACUUUGUUUGUUGCAGCUGAUAGGUACACGAUUCAUUACUUGUAAGAGUUCGGCGAGAAACAUAUGCUUAGUUCCUUGGAAACCACUAGUGUUCUUGAUGUCUCGGAUCUUGGUUCGAGCAAGACGCUGAAGGAAGCUGCUCUAGGGUUUGUGGUACGGAACAUGGACGUCCUCGUUUUCAAAGACAUUUUUUCAAGAAUUCUCAAAAGUUCUAUUACGAAAAAUGGUUAUGGCCCCCAAUUGGCCCGUUAGAGAAAGUAAAGAGAACCCAACCUCAAUUGGUCCAUUAUAGAAAGAAAAGAGAACCCAAUUGGACCAUUCUAUUUCGUUUUGUAAGGGAUUAACAUUCCUACUUAGGAUUAGCAAACUGUCUCUAUUUAUAUAAUGGUGAUCUACUCGAGUUUUCUUUGAUCAUACUAUUGCCUAACUAAAUUUAAACCUAUUUGUUUUAUUCUCUCUCAAUCGUCUGCUUGUUUUCUUAAGAAACUAAAGCUAUGGCCGAUCAGCAAAGAAACAUGGAUCUUUUCCAUGAUGGUCUAGCGAAGAUCUUUAAAGAACAAUGGCACCCCGAUGUACUGUGUUUCGCUGGCGAGGAUGAUCACGAAGAUCCUAUCCCCGCCAAUAAAGUUAUUUUGGGAGCAAGAUCAGACGAACUCAGAGAGCUUUUUGAUGGUGAUGGUAAAGAGACUGAGACGAUCAUUCUCUACGGAAUGAACCAUGAAGCGCUAGAGGUUUUUAUCGAGUUCAUGUACGUUGGAAAUUCCAUACAGUACUCCGAGAAGUUGAAGAAGCAUGCAAGGUCGUUAUACUUUGCAGCUAAUUUGUACAGCAUUCCCUUAUUACGAGAUCUAUGUAGGUACCAACUUAUGUCUUCACUUAACAUUGGGAAUGCUCUUGAUAUUUUGGAAAUCUCGAAAGACGAUCCUCGUGAGAAAACCCUCCACGAUGAAGCUCGGUGUUAUGUCAUACGUCACAUGAAGGAGAUUGCUUUUACCAGAGAGUUUAAUUGGUUCGUGAAGAGAAACACAAGUUUAACCGUGGAGCUAAUUAGGGUUCUUGCAAUAAGAGGGGAUAGAACAUACCCCAAAAGAUAAGAAUAAGAAUUUACUUGUCUGCUACGUAUAAUUUAGUCGUCAAGAGCUUUAAUGAGGGUCGUUUGCUACCUUUGAAAGUUUCAGUCAAAAAACUUUUUUUGUUAAUUUUUUUUUCAAUGCUCGAAAUAUGAAUGCAAAACUUAGGAGAUGUUUACUGGUUGAACCAGUCUGGUUCUAAUCUCAUGUUCACCAUUAUUUAUACCUGGAGUUUUUUCUAAAAUUUUAAAACAUAAUUUAUUUUACAUUGUAAAAUAUUAAAUAGAUGAUUUUACAUGUGAGAAUUCAUCUGACGAUUUUAUUUGCAUUAUCUUAAGAUUUUUUUUAAUCUACAUAAUUAUUAAUAAAUCGUUAUUUUCAAAAAUCAAAAUAUAAACUCUUGGCAUAUAGCAUUAAUGAAUUUUCAUUCCAACCAAUAAAAUAAAAGACAUUCACGAAAUAUUUCUAGUCAAUCAAAAAAAAUAAAGCAAAAAUUAAGAUAGCAUAAUUUAAUACUAAGUUGAUUGUUUAUAGACCAAUUGGAAAAAAUUGAUUAAAUAAUAUAUUUUCUAAUCAUUGAUAACAAUGGAUGAGUCUACAAAAUACAAAUUUUCACAAAAAAAAAGAAGAGAAUAACCGGUUAUAAAUUAUCUGAUGAUUAUCAAUUAGUUAUUGCUACCAAUAACAACAGUUUAUUCAACUUGUCUAGUUUUCCUAUUAAUUAGGAUUCUUAUUUCCAAAACCUUGUAGAUAAAUGAAACUCUAUUCAUAUACGUAUAUAGAGAGUUUUUGUUGAUUGCUUGUCUGCAAAAACAAAGGACAUGACAACGCAAACAAACUUAGAAGUUUUCGUCCAUGGACUAGUGAAAGUUUUCAAAGAACAAUGGGGAGUCGAUGUAUGGCUCAAGCCCGGCCACAACAAUGAUGGUGACGAACUCAUCGCCGCCCACAAAAUUAUUCUGGUAUGUGAAUAUCUUAAAUCUUCAUUCUUAUUUAAACGUACGACCAACGAAUUUUUGAUGAUAUUAUAGGCAGCAAGAUCAAAGGUGUUUGCGACCAUGUUUGAAUCUGACAAAAUAAAGAACUGGACUGUUCACGAGACAAUAACUCUCUCCGAUCUUAAACGUAAAGAGUUAGAGGUUUUUGUCGAGUUUUGUUACGC